AUGUCUGAUUUUGGAGUGUCCCUCCUUUUCCCCAGCGCGGGUGACGCCGUCGCUGCCCGGCAGAGCCGCCCGGUGCGGGAGGGGACGCGCGUGGCCUCGGUGGAGACCGGGCUGGCGGCGGCCGCUGCCAAACUGGCCCAGCAGGAGCACCGAAAGCUGCAGCGCAGGAAGGGCCCUGCCAAGCGCCGCCCGCCCUCGCCCCCCUCCCCGGAGGAGGAAGAGGAGGAGGAAGAAGAGGAGGAGGAGGAAGACGAGGAAGACGAAGAGCCCGAAGCCGACUCGGGGGGGUGA